UGUACUAAAACAGCCUCACCAUUAGAACUUCUAAAAAAGCCCAUCGAUACCUCCCAAUAUUGCACGUAAACCGAAGACUGGCUUCCCGUGUGUUCAUGGCACGAAUUGAAAUUUCGGCUCUCACCGUUUCGGAUGUUUAUUGCUAACUGCUUCGGAUGAACUCGUGUGGAUCGUGCACGUUGUGUGUGAACUAUGAGUACGAAUCGGACCGAUCGGCAUGGCAGACCGGGAAUGGGCGGCGUGGCAGGCUGCUGGUGCGACAGGAUUUUGUCUCACGUGGUACAUUGCGGUUUUUCAUUCGGAUGCGUCGUUUCGGGUGGUAGAGAACUGUUUGUUUCUACACCAACACUCACCCGUUACCCCUUCUCCUCUCUCCCACCCUGUGCUCUAUUUACUUCAUCCACUCAAUGGUACUGACCUUUUCCCCGUCAUCAAUGGUAAACGAAGUUUUUUUUUGUACAGAACGACAGACAGAAGCACGGACAACAAGCGGGAGGAAGGGAAGGAGAAGGGAACGAUCAUCGUUUCAUCAUGAUUAUGAUGAUAUUUACCGUCACUAUCAUCGAGAUGAUUCAUUACACAAGCUGCAGAAGCACAACCUGCAACCAUUCCCAGUUGUGGAAACCGAUGAUGCGUGUGUGGAAAACCGGGCAAAUCGUUUUUCCCAUCGUUACGAACUGCAACCCAAUGCAUUAGCUUAGAUUUGCGUACGCGGGAACCGUUCGCUAAGCAAUUUCUGCAUUACAUAAUACCCGAUUGGCCACAGGCUUUGCGUAGGCUCGAGAAUAAUCGCCCUUCGCGAAACAGCACAACCCUUUUGUGUCGGUUUUGGUCGUUCGCUUCCUCUCGUUAUCUCUCUCUCUCUCUCUCUCUCUCUCUCUUGCUCGCUUGCGAUUCCCCCGUUGUUCGUGUUUUCUAUCCCGUGUGACACGUCAUCAUUUUGCGCCAUUCGACACAGACACAAGGGACGAAACGAGGGAGCAGUAGAGCAAGCGAAAGGAACGAACGCUUUUACCGCCAUUAUUCAAAGGCAUCGCCGAGAUGUUCAUUCAGUGAGGCGGUCCAGGGAAAGCAUGGCGGAUGCACCAUGACGUAGGCGUUACAAAUACCGGGCGUUAUGCGAACCGUUACUCGUCCCGUUGCGCAAACGUCAGGCUGGUGUUCACUCUGACGCGCUUUCCGGCUUCGGAUCGUGUCGUUCGGGUUCACGCCGUUCGGGUGUCUCGCUUGCACUCCUGUGCUGUGUGUGUGCGUGUGUGUGCCCUGUUCCUUGCAGUGUGCAGUGGUUUUAGCCCGUUUCCUCCACGGUUCGGUGACCGACAUUCCGAAGAAGUUGGCUCCUUUUACACUCGGCUGAAGCAGCUUCCCGCUUCACGCUCGCUCUAUCUCUCUCUCUAUCGCUCACUCCAAACCUACCGCCGUACUUGGGGUUUUCCCACUAUCGCUUUUGUACACGCACACGCUGUUUUUCCCUACGAACGGUUGGUGCGAAACACGGCACAACGUUCGGUUCGGUACAGCGCGAAACCGUCGCCUUCCGUCAGUUAAACGUAGCGGCUCGAUCCUACUGAACGGGUUUUUUAUCUGCUGCUGGUCCGGUGGAAGCCGACGACUGCCCCGGAGAGACGAUCGUGACGCGCAAGUAGCAAGUGGCGCGCCCAAAGUAGCAAGUAAAGUCGCGUCAAGUUCCACCGCGUCCAUCCGCGUUUCCUUCUUGACUUCACCCCACCAACACCAAACACCACCGCCACCAUUAUCACCAUCAGUGUACCGGCGAUCGGCAAACAAAUGGUGCGGUGUUAACAAGCUCAACGACUAUGAAAACCGUCAGACGCAACUCUGCCCGUCUAGUAGUCGGCGGUUGAGCGCGCAACGGGAAUAAUGGCAGCUGCAACGCGCGUACGUACUCGCGUCGGUACUCGUACGGCUCCCGGUACCAUCCCGGCGGUUCGUGCCGGCUGCUGGGCCACUAAUGAAGUAAAGUGAAUCUCAAUUCUCAAUCCAGUCAAUAGCAGUAAUAACAACAACAACAAACAACAACAAACAACCCAAGCAAAAAAAAAGCUCCCCGUUUAAAUACCCCACACAUUAAACAGCUCUCUCUGCGCGCAUUUAAAGGGCAUUAAAUAUAACUUAAAAUCCAAAAAACCUUCAAAACUCCAAUAAAAUAAACGACAACCCAUACGAGAGGACAUACCGUUCAUCCAGAGAGUCCACCCGCACACACUGAUCGUCUGGCUAAUGCUAGCCAAACACAAGGGGCUGCGCUGAAGGAAACUAAGAACUGAAGAAAGACAAGAAUUAAAACACGAGCAAACGAACAGCGAUGACGAGGGCCUAGUCAUCCACUAUUAUCCCAGGAUGAAACACAACCAAAACUGAACCCAACAGACACGUCACAGCUAAUCAACAGAACAGAGAAAGAGAAAAAACGGAAGCGAAAAAUACGAAACAUGAUAAAACAGCAGCAGCAGCAGCAUCAGCAGAAGCAGUGACAACAUACUCCUCUAGCACCAUUACUACUACUACUACAACUACCACGAACAUCACUACUUGUAUCACCUACAGAAGCCGUCGGUCAUAAGAGCGCCACCAAGAACAAGCCAAUGCACUAAUAUACGACACACACGGUUGUUCUCACACGUACACCACACUAAGGCCAUCCACGCCGAUGCAAAGUCUGUCUCACGGAGGAGAACCGAUAAGAAGGCUGGCCGACCAGCCGCCGGCAUCAGGCUGCCGUUUGAAGUGCUGUUGCCUGUGCGAAAACGAAUUCACAGUUCAGAGUCCUUAAAAAAAGCUUUGCGACUCACACACACACAUGCACACACUGACACAGACUCGUCAACAAACAGUAGCCACUGCUGGACGCAAACCGAAUGUGACAGAACGUUUCUAGCUGUCCAGACAUGGCCGUGUGUCUUAGCUGUAGCAGGCGGCUAAUCGUAGGCCUACAGCAAAGCAACUGGCUGUCGCAGUACCAUCGCGAUGAUGUUACACUGCUUACCGACCAUUGAGAACGUAUCGCGUUAAGUCACAGGGCUAGGUGUUUGAUGUUUGGAUAUUUGUUGCCUACCUGCGGAACUCUCGCCAACUAGUGUGUGUGUGUCAUUGAAAGUUUGAGCGUAAGAAGAAGAAGAGUAUAAAAAGUAAAGCCCACACCCCUUUUUUGACAAGGUGUUAAGAAGGCGCGAAGAAUACAUAAGAGAACUCUCAAGAAUCUCAACCAGUCGUCUGACGUGAGCUCUCUGGAUAGAAAGAGAGGAUCGCGUGUGUAAGGGAUUCGGGUUGAUAUCAAGAAGCCGGUUCAGGAGCAAUGCGGCAAUCUCUGGAAGUAACUGGAUGAUCUUAAUAACAAAUCCUCGCUACUAAUGCGCCUAAAAUCGUUUUAACAAAUAAAACGUAACAUCCUCACCCCAAAACACAACAAAAAACCUUAAAGAAAACCGAACCUUAAAAGGCAUCUAACUCCAACCCAGCUAACACCAAAUACAGACACACGCGAUUAAACAAAAAAAAAAAAACAAACAAACGAGAACGAGGCGAGAGAGCGAAAGCCCCCAAAAAUUCUUAAAACCGGGAUUAAUCGGAAGCGAUACUUUAAUGCAAGAGUUAACACCCCGAGGCACGGAUGUGAAGCGCGCGAAGCAACACAUUUAAACAAAAUCAAGUAAUAAUCUAGUUAACUAACUUAAAUAACGCACGUUCAUUUUGUCCUUCCCUUCUUUUACAUUCUCAACAAACAAAACAAAAGAAACAACAAACAAACAACAUCCCAACAGAAUUCCCCCACAACAAAUCUCUAAUCUUAUAACGAAACCGAGUGUCACUGUGUUGUAGGCGUAAUAUUUUUGUUAAACCACGUUAAGUUGUUUAGUACAAAUUAUCCAAUACCACCACAAUCACCACCACUACUGCUACUACUAGAACCAGACACGACCCUUGGAAACUGUCUCCUUGUCCAAGCAAAAGUCUAACAUCGUCCAACACCGAAGUUCGUUGUUCGUUGAUCACUGUCUCUCUCUCUCUCUCUCUCUCUCUCUCUUUAACUCUCUCUUUCUCUGUCUCUGUCUCCGUCUACUGCAACACUCCCUAAUAUCUACGCUUACCCUUAUCAACACACGAACAACUACCUGUCUUUUCGCUCACCUUGCGUAUCUCUCUCUCUAUCUAUCUAUAAAUAUAUACAUCUAUUUAAAUCCUUUUUGUUAUGGUGAUUCACUACUUGCAAAAACUACACACAACAAUUUCACUUUGCACGAACAAUUUCUGUUGUUUUUUUCUGGGCAACAAACAAACUCUUAACAAACUCUAAAAACCAAAAAAAAAUACAAAAAACCGCGCGCCGUGUUUUUAAAAAUCCCUAAAUCAAUUAUUAACCUACAACCAACAACAACAAAAACUGUCAAAUCACAAACAACAACAACCAAAAAACAACAAACUGUCUUCGCAUCUAACUUACCUAUAUACGUCAAACCGACUGCCACUUGCCCUACCCCUUCCAACCACCUCACUCCUUACUGCUUCCCCUACCCCAAUUCUGCAGCCGCCUGAAGGCAGAACGAGCCGGCCCAGGCGCAACGGCUCACCACCAUCUCCACUACCAGCCGGCCAGCGGUUUGAGGUGUGUGUGCGCGUUACGCCUCAACCACCACCGUUCGGCACCAACACCACUGACACCACCACCACUACCACGACGACGACGAAUACCAGCAUCAGCGUCACCCUCAUCAGCACAUUGACCACCAACACGACGCUAGCGGACGUGCAGCAUGGAUGUGAUGUACGUAGUGACGGUGCUGGUACUGUUGCUGCUGGCAAUCUCGUUCGCAAUGGCUGCGACCGUAACCACACCAGCUGAACACGCCGUUGCACCCUCGAGCAGCGGCACUUACCGAACCGCCAUCUUUACGCACGAUCAGUCCGGUGCCCCGAGCUGGCCGCCGCCAUUGAGCGGCUUUCUCAGCGCUGGCCUCGGGCUAGUCGCGCUGCUAGUGGCACUGCUAAGUACCGGCGGCGUUAGUGAGAUGCGGGCCCGGCUGUCAUCGAUCGCGACGGCUGGCACGCUAGCGGCGACCGGUGGUGCUGUGACGGGAGUGGUCGGUCAGGGUGCCACAAUCACCAGUACCGGCCGGACCAGCAAAACCAUCGUCACCAGCUGCAGUGGAACAGCCAGCACUGCCACCGCGGUAGUGCUGCUGUCCGUGAGGCAGCUACUACCACUUAUACUAGGAAUUGCCGCCAUGUUGCCUGUGAUUGACGCCGGAUACCACGAGAAACGGUUGCUGCACCAUCUGCUCGACAACUACAACGUGCUCGAGCGGCCCGUCGUCAACGAGUCGGACCCGCUGCAGCUCAGCUUUGGUCUGACUUUGAUGCAAAUCAUCGACGUGGACGAGAAAAAUCAGCUCCUCAUCACGAAUAUUUGGUUGAAGUUGGAGUGGAACGAUAUGAACGUCCGAUGGAACUCGUCCGAGUAUGGUGGGGUGCGUGAUUUACGGAUACCACCGCAUCGCCUCUGGAAGCCGGAUGUCCUGAUGUACAACAGUGCGGACGAAGGAUUCGAUGGGACGUACCCGACCAACGUGGUCGUACGGAACAACGGUUCCUGUCUGUACGUACCGCCGGGAAUUUUCAAAUCUACCUGCAAAAUCGACAUCACCUGGUUCCCGUUCGACGAUCAGCGCUGCGAGAUGAAGUUCGGCUCGUGGACGUACGACGGGUUUCAGCUUGAUCUACAACUUCAGGAUGAAUCUGGAGGAGAUAUUAGCAGCUUCAUCACUAACGGAGAAUGGGAGUUACUGGGCGUGCCUGGGAAGCGGAACGAAAUCUACUACAACUGCUGCCCGGAACCGUACAUCGACAUCACCUUCGCGAUACUGAUCCGCCGUAAAACGCUCUACUACUUCUUCAACCUGAUCGUACCGUGCGUGUUGAUCGCCUCGAUGGCUCUGCUGGGUUUCACGCUUCCACCCGAUUCCGGCGAAAAACUAUCGCUCGGUGUCACAAUUCUGCUAUCACUCACUGUCUUCCUAAACAUGGUCGCCGAGACGAUGCCGGCAACAUCAGACGCAGUGCCUCUCCUAGGAACCUACUUCAAUUGCAUCAUGUUCAUGGUUGCCUCAUCGGUUGUGUCUACGAUCCUGAUCCUGAACUAUCACCACCGUAACUCCGACACGCACGAAAUGUCUGAAUGGAUUCGCGUUGUGUUCCUGAUCUGGUUACCGUUCAUCCUGCGCAUGAGUCGACCGGGAGAACCCUACCCGCAUCCAUGCCGUCCAACAGUGGACGAAAAGAAUAAGCAACUCCAGGAGGUGGAGAUGCGUGAACGGUCCUCCAAGUCACUGCUCGCCAACGUUCUGGACAUCGACGACGACUUCCGGUGCAAUCACCGGUGCAACACGCUGCCACAUAACCCCACAUACUACCGCACCGUGUACCGUCAGGGUGAGGAUGGUAGUGUAGGGCCGAUCGGUGCGACCGACACGAUCGGACGUUCUGCCGGUCUCGGUACGAUUAGUGCUGGUGGUGGCCGCCUGCACGAAACCGUUUCCUCGCAUACCUGUCUCAGCUCGUCCGCCGAGUACGAGCUAGCGCUGAUACUGAAGGAGCUACGCUACAUCACCGAUCAGGUGCUCCGCAAGGAGGACGAGAGUGGCGAAAUCACGCGCGAAUGGAAGUUCGCCGCCAUGGUAGUCGAUCGUCUGUGCCUUAUCAUAUUCACCCUGUUCACGAUCAUCGCCACGCUGGCUGUUCUUUUCUCUGCGCCGCACUUUAUCGUUUCAUAACAACCAUCAGCACGGCGGCACACCGGCACUAACGGUCAGCACGAUCGUACCACCUCCACCCUUCCUUCCCGCUUCACCACCAUCACCGCCACCAUCGAUCCCGGCACGCACCACCACGGACAACAGGGUGACGAUUACGACGACGACGAGGACACUAACAACGAUAAGCACGAGGGCGGUUGCAAUGAUGGUUUCGCGUACGAGCUGCUACAGAGUUGCUGCUUCCCACUCCCACUACUACUGCUGCUGCUCGUACUGCUCUGCGGCGUACUGGUGGCGUGCUGGUGGUUGGUACGCAAACGGCACUCACUCGCCUACGGUCUCGCACAGCUGGUUAACGUGGCCGAUUACCGCCUGCGACGGUAUGUGUACAUUUUCGUGAAGAAUUUUAAGCUCAUCAGCGACACGUAAGAAAAUAGAAAGGUACUGACGCAACUGCAAUGUAGGGUGCAGACAACGGAUUGCGAUAAUUGAUAUACGAUGUGGAUAUGAAGACUACGAAACGGUUGAGAUGUUGGAGGAGCAGCGACUCUCUGCGACAAUGCAGAGUUCUUUUUUAUAUCACACUACUCCGCUAGCAAGGAAAAGCGAUCAAAACUAAAACCUCCAGGCAGCAACACUACAAACGAGACAGAGAAAUGCUGGAGUAUGACAGAGAAGCACACAUCGCACAUAAAACUGCACUGCAAAACGUGGGGCAGACGGCGAAGGGAGGAGUAGAAAGGAGAAUGUCGAUACGGGAGGCCGAAGCUUCCUAUCCUCCAAGUCCCUAUGUUCAGAUGAUGAGGAGGGGGGGGGGGGUGGGCUGCGAGAAGAACGGAAAGGCAGCUUCAACUUCAAGACCGGAAAGACAACACCUCAAUAAUAGCCGCAACAGCGCAUUACCGAAGCGAAGCUGCGGAGAAUGGAAGACUACACCGAGUACCAUAACUACCGUCAAGAAAUUCUUCUAGUGCUACUAAUACUACUGGUUCAUACAACUACUAUUACUACUACUUAUACUACUACCACUACUACUUAUACUACUAACGUCAACUACUAAUAAUACUAUGGGAAGAGAGUGCGAAAACAAAACACACACCAGAGCAACUACUAAUGCUUCUACUAAUUGCAACUACUAUGAUUAACAUUUCUACCGAUAACAGUGGCGCCACCUAUCCUAUUAGGCUGUGCUAAUUGAUCCUAGGAGAAGAACGCACACGAAGAGCCGGAAAGCAAAAUGGGGUAAGCAGCACGGCGAUGCAUGGUAAGCUGGUACGAGUAUGAGGGUUACGUGGGGCAGAAUGUGUGUUGCAGCAGUCACGUAAUAUAGCUAGGAGGACAUGUUUUUAAUUUGCAGACAUGCAGGAGAUAUCAUCCAGCUUCCAAAUUCUAGCAGCGAUUACGGCAUUGUUCCAAUAUAGGUUCGAGUUUCGGAAACUGUUCGUUACUGGUUAUAUCGCUUCAUAUGGUAGUUUAAGCAGAAGCUUUGAAGCGUUCGCUUCGCUCUCUAAGUUAGUCAUAGAUUUUUGGAGAAUACGAAUUACUUUACCGAACCGUAGACAGCCGUUCUGAGUAACAGCAUCAGUACUGACAGAAGCGUAGCGUGUGUAGAACUUUCAUCAGUUAGCCGAGUGUUUUGUGUAAAAGAAGUUUUAUCUCACUUGUUCGUGUUAAGUGUAUCGUUUCCUAUUGCUGUUCAUUGAGCAUUCUUCACCAAAGUUGUUCUCCAGUUAACCGCGUGGAAUACGGGCAGUAAAAUCAUCCGUUUAUCAAUACAUCAAUCCUCGUAGCUAUCCGUUGGUGCCCCGAUGGGGUACAACAGAAGGUGUCAGAUCGGCAGCAGAAAACAUUAUUCCGCUGAUAUCGGCAGGCAGAACGAAUUCGACAAACCCAUAUAAACCAGUCCACCGUGCGCUGGCUGGCUAACUGUGAUGCUAGCAAAAACCCACAAGAAUAAACCCGAUUCUUGAUAGCAUAGAAACAAGCAAAUCGCACCCUGUAGACGGGAACUCUUAGUCAAACUACCAAAAUGUACUAAAACAAACCCCCGAUAGGUCCCAGGCCCCUUUAUUAUGAGGUUCUUCCAACUAGCUUACGUACUACUGACAGGAGGCUCCAGAAACGUCAAACUGAGUGACAGCAGUAUAUGGGUAGGCAAAAGCCAGCAAAAAAAUAUCUAGGUACUGAGUAAUAUGCGAGAGAAAGCUGAGAAGAAAAAGGGACAAAUACAGUCUCAGCCAGAGCGAGAACAUGCGAGACAAAUCAGAUAGAAUGGUGAGAAUUGAUUGAUUGACCGGCUAAACGUCACUGGCUCAUCCAACUGAUAAGGUGAGACCACUGCCAUUCGUGACGACUUUCUUCGGACAUACGGACAGAAAGCGAGUGAGAUAUAGACAGAAAGGCAGGCUAGUGUGAGCGAGCCUCAGCAUCAGCGCACUGAUUAACCGUUGAUAGGCAAAUGUGGAGGUGAGAUUCGCUCACCGUAGAAGUGUGUGCACGAGUGCGGUGGUAGUAGGCCGCACGUAAACCCAUCACACCACACAAAACAAUAUUGGACAGUUUUACAGUGCCUAGAACUACGAAAUGCUUUCAAUUGAUACAUUCUUCUGCCAAGCAAAACGUUCUUGCAAGUCGGGUUUAAACUAAUCGGUUCACUGUGUUUUCUGUUUAGCUGUAGUAGGCGUUAGGCGUUAUAGGAGGAAAUUGCAUAUAGCAAAUAGGCGAGGGAUAAUGGACGCACCGGAAGGAUAAAUGCUUUGCCCGAUCGGAUUGCCCGCAAAGUAAAGGACAGAAAUCAGUUAGUAGCUCAAUUUUCGAAAAACCGUAGCCAGGCCGCGAAAGUUUACGUCAAAAUGUCCCACGUUCGCAACGUUUUACGUAGUUGUUACUAAGCUAAACGUUUUGUUAAUAUAUCGUCGCCCAGAUAAUAAUCGUCAAAUUUGAAACACUUUUUCGGCGCCUGUUGUGUGUGGUAGUGAACCGUCAAAUGGAGUAACUGUGAGCGAGACAGGAAGCGAGAAAGCGAGAUGGAAUGUUUUGCGGUAGGACUUUGAACAACAGCUCAGGCAAAGUUUAAAGCCGGUGCGCGAACAAUGGUGACAGAUGAAAAGAAAAAUGCUGUGAUAACCACUAACAAAAAAAAACAAAAUAACAAAACAAACAAAACAAAACACGAAAAAGGGAUUCAUUGACAGAAGGCUAUCAGAUACAUUGAAAAAUAACCAGCAAAACAAAACGACAAACAAACAACCAACACUGUUCGUAACAAUCUAAAACAAAAUGGCUACUUCGAAAAGAAUUUGCAAAAACACGCAAAAUGGCUUCACCUUAAACGAGUAAAACAAAAAAAAAUAGAAAUAAAAAUAAUUAAUUAAAACUGACCGUAAAGUAGCACAUCGUUGCAGAUGGUAAAAACAAAACACCCAUUUUCUAUUGCAACUGAAUCAAAUGAAGCGAUGGCUUAAACUGUGCCGCCAUAACUAAAAGCAUAAAGACAUGCUUAAACAAAAACCAAUAACAAACGAUGUGGUACGCGUAAUGGACAAUUUACCCCUUUAAAACAUGGAAUGGAUAUCUUUAUCCUUGACCUCACUUUUAAACAAAGUUUUGCCGCAGAAAAAAAUGUUAACGCUGGUCACUUUAACGUUGACAUGUUGAACGCUACUCCCUUCUGUCUAACCUGUCUAAUCGAUCUUUGGCAAUCAAUCUCGACAUUGCACAACAAAUUGCAAAAUAGCAACGAUUCCCUCCUGCUCUCCUGCUUCCUCCCACCUCCUGAUUCCUACUUUGCAAAACAAAAAUGUAAUUGUGGCUAGCUUUAACACACGGCAAAACAAUGCACCACGCUCUCUCUCUCUCUCAUCCGGACUCAGUGGUUAAGUGACAAGAAGUUAAUUAAAAAUACAUUUUAACAAACACUCACACAGCAAAAAAUACUAAUCCGGCGUAAAACGUUACAAAUAAGAAGAAGAAAGACAGAAAAGCAAAAAUAAAACGUCACACUAUAACCUGCAAAAAGUAAGCAUAUUUAUACAACAUAUAAACGUUACACCGUACGUAAAGAAAAUAUAAAAAACACACACACACACACACAUAUUUAUAACACAUACUUACUAAGAGCAAAACAAAACUAAACUAAAAAUCAAAAAGGAAAACACUGUCAAGAAGAGUAAACAAUCAAUCAAAAACAGCUUGUUUAAAUCUUCAACUUGAAUCGAAACGAUGUUUGUAAUACGGAUAUUUAAUGGCAAAGUAACGGAACCUCUCUGCAAAUUGUGUUGCACACAAGUUUUCUUAUCACCCUUUCCUUUCCCCCCAUCCAAAUCUCCUAGAAAAUCACCCCCCCCCCCCCCCCAACGCUGUCACCCCGCCCAUAUGCCGGAGCUUCAAUCAAAGCCAAACCACAAUAAUAAAGGAACAAACAUCUAAAUCUGGAACGAACACUAAGCAAAAACAUAAAAAAAUACUGCGAAUCACAAAUACACGCGCCGACACUGUGACAUAAGAGUUUAAAAAUCCUGGCGGAAACUGUUGUUACAUUUUUAUACAUUUAAAAAAAUCCUAAAAAAAAGGUCAAAUCAACAGAGUGUGACAGAUUAAAAAAAACAAAACAAAUCAAAAGCAUGAGAUGAAAACACUCCUAGCAAAAACAAAGAAACAAACUAAAGUUUGAUCCUUUAAGGCCGCCACGUUUCGAAACGAAAGCAUUGUUUGCUUGGCCGACGAACGGUUGAGUGAGUGAGAGUGAGCGAGACCUCGAAGGGUCGAUCAAAGCAUCAAAUGGUAGAGAACAACCACGAGUAGUUUCGUAGUAUUAUGGGGAAUCGAACUCGGGCGUUAGUGAAAUCGCGACGGGCAAAAGCAGCAAAAAAACCAUAUUAAAACUAAAAAAACACACGAAGCAUUAGCAAAAAAGCCAACUGUUAAAUCAAAAGUUUAGUACAUAAGCACAUCAUGUGGUAUUACAAUUAUAGCAAGACCGUGCAGAACCGGACAUUAAACGUUAAGCUAAAGCUAUCAAGCAACACUAAAAUAAUAGUAAACAAAGUGCAUAUUUAUAAUCAAAAGCCACCAGGACGGCGAGUCGUGGCAUUUAAAAUUCGUGUGACAAGAGGUAGGGUGCAGAUUACGAUAGUGAAGUAAAAUAAAUCAGUAAAACUAAAAACAAGCAACACCGAAUUCCCCGACCAACACUCGGGUGAAACUUCACAUAAGACAAAAGAAACCCGAUCGUUGGUCGCUUGACAGGAACGGCGAGGCCGUGAAAAAUGUGUAGUGAAAUCUUUACUUACCGCAAAAACGGAAGCCUGGACGAUAUAUCCUUCCAGCGAAGAAAUCUCCGGAGUCAGAACUGACACCUGUCAAACGCACGCGUGACGUUAAAGGUUUGACACGUUUGACAGUACCGCACCUCUUACUCACACUAAACAUUUUUCUCCAUUAUUAAACCGGUGGCUCACCGCGAGAGGCACGCACAGACACAGCCACACACACGAUCGUGUGACGAAGUAGUGAUAGACGAGUACAAUACUAUAAGUAUGCCUGUCAGUGAGUGACAGGUCGGAUCGCCGAACAUGCAACAUGGCCAGCGAGGGCGACACGAAAGUAAACAAUCAUGGCGUAACUAAAAAGACUCCGCUCUCUCACCUUUUUUUCCACACACGCAACGAUCGUUGGUUAAGCGCCCCGAUCCCUUAUCUAACCACUACGCAACACAUUCACAAACACACACACACGCACUAAAGACACUAAAAACACAAACUAAAAAAUGACGCAUUCCGUACUGUAGCUAGGUUCAGAUAUUUGGCGACCGUAUAAAACAAACAACUUACUAACCACUAGAACAGCGAGAAUGGAUGAUCUUGGCGGUUCCCCGAUAUUCACCCGACGAUCUCCCGAUAAUCAGUGUACACGGCACUUUUUCCAGUGUAUAUCACAUGUUUCUUUGUGCACACACAUGAACACACUAGCACCCAGCUCACAUACAGCCAUUUAAACUGCACUACUGUUGUUACUAAAUUAUACACCAACGCUAAGUAAUCUCUCGGCUACACACACCCACGCACACGUAUCGAAAGGUGAGAGGAUGCUAUCGUUUGAAUAAAACCGGUCUUCCAGCAAAAAAAAGAAACAAAAGCAAAAACAAGAAUGUGAGUAAGAGAGCGAGAGAGGGAUAGAGAGAGAGAGAGAGAGAGAGAGAGAGAGAGAGAGAGAGAGAGAUUAAAACAGAUAAGCGAUAUCAAACUAUUAAAAAAAACCGUAUUAAUCACCCAACACUACCCAUUCAAAGAACAGAAUGCACGGCAGUGCUCGAACUUGAAUUCACAGUAGCUGAACAUCUUCGGCCAAAAUUAAAAAUAAACAGAUUAACAAAACUUCAGAACAAAAGGGACACCACCAUGCCAAUAAACCUAACAGAGGCCAGAGGUUCCCUGCAAGGGCAAAACAUGUAUGAACAAUAAACGAAGCGCCAACAUGUGUUGCAACUCCAAUUGGCUACCAUUGUUGCUCUUUUCGCCCGCAUGGGUUAGUUUUUGCGAAAAAAAGAGAUUUCAAUAAGAAAACGAAACAAAACAAAAAAAAGACACGAUACGAUCUGUAAGUUACGUUGAUAGUUAAAUAAUAUUAAUCCGGGCUUUAAAGAAGUUCACUCGUCACCAUCGCCUUUUUCUCGUUUUGUUUCUUUUUGUUUUUUUUUUUACUAACGUUACUAUUUCGCUAGUUUUGUGAAGAAACCUUGAGAUUAAGCGGAUUCGAGAAUGUGUGCACGACUACGUACAGUUUUCGUUGAGGUGACUCGAGACGAUGGAAAAGGCAUAGGAUUAGAGUUUGUUUUAGCACAUCAAUUUACUAACCACAUCAACACUCACUCACACACCUACACGUUUCUAACGCCAAACUUUUUCUCACACCUUACCUGGCACACGACACACUCUCACGCCCACUCAAGACACACACGGCUAUUUUAAUUACCAUUUAAAAAAAAGUAUAUAUUAAACCAAAGUAUAUAUAAAUAUAAAUAAAGAGAAACGAACGAACAAAGUAAAGCAUAAAUGUCUAAAUCCGAUAAAUUAAAACACAGAAACGCGUUCGGAAUACCCCGGCGGUGACCGUCACCGUCGGCGUUCUACGUCGAAGUGCGCGCCUAGGUGUUAGUGAGUCGUGGCAGGUCGUGGAAAGGAAAACAAUUCGAAGGUUAGCGACCCUGGUUCAUCCAAACCGUUAGCAAAUUAAUCACGAGUAGUGCAAAUUACUUACAAUACCACUGUGUUUCUAUCCCGUCCGCCCACCUUUUCCAACUCCAGCCCUACUUUGCUUCUAUCUUUCCUCUUUCGUGAGGAUAAAAUACACACACGCACACACUUACACAUAUCGGACACCGAGUUGUUUUAGGUUUGUUAGAUCAGAGUCGGUACACGGGACACUAAGUUCACCGCAGAACGACGCGCAAGAGACUAAAGCACGGUUUGAAACCGUGCUUUGCGUUACUCCAAAAAGGAGAUCGUGAUCGAGAGAACACGAGAGAGUGAGAGAGGGAGAGAAAGAGCGAGACUAUUAUAAGACCCCAAAGUCAGGUUCAGCGCGCUCAGUGUAUUCGUGUUGUAAAUCGCGACAAGCGUGUCCUAGCAAUAUUUGUUCCUUCCUCUCCCUCACAACAAUGCUGAAACUGAAUUUAAUAUACUUUGGCGAAGGUGAAAGGAUAGCAAAUUCUGAAUGUUUUAUACUCAUAUAUAAGAACGUUACAACUGUCCGAUACUGGUUUGGUUUGACAGCCCAGGAAUGGAACUACGAUUAAAUGAAGAAACGAUUCUACAGCACUGUUAUACUCAUUAGUUGUUAGUUGAUACCGAUAGUCAAUUCAUUUCUUUAACUAGUACGAAUAAGGUUAGCAUCGUAAGCGAGCGUCCCGAGCUGCAGCUUGUUGGAAGAGUUUACGUUACUCCUUUAAUCAGGCAACUAUUUAACAGACUAUUAGUCUCUAUGUGGUUGAUUAACCUUACAACAACUGUAAGAUGCGACGUAUACUGUAAGGAAGCGCGAAACCCGUAUAUCCAAACACAAAACUAACAAACAUACACAGCACACACACACACAGUCAAAAGAUUAACCAAUGUUUCUGCCAUUUGCCAAAUGCACACGCAACUAAAAGAGUUUCGUAAACGCGCACCCAAAACUGUUACACGAUACGAUGUGCCAAUACUACGCGGCCAACUGUCAUACUUGAACACUAACAAUACUCUACACUUCACAGUUAUGUAAUUCUAACAACAAUAUAGCAAAAGUGAGUAUCUCACUACAAGCCACUGAUGGGUUUUAGCGUUGAAAACGGGAUGUGCGAGCGCCUAACAAUAUGCAACACAAUUACAAAUCUACAAUCUGUAGCUUUGACUCUCCCGGGGGUUGGCUCAUUGCCUUCUCAAAUUUCAUACUUUCAGGCUUCAACACAUAUGGCACAAAAUUCGCCAGUGAUUCGUUUUGGGAUGUAAUUAAAAAAUAAAUAUAUUUUAUUUGAGUGUACUGAAGUUAAACUACUUAUAAUUUAUAUUUUUACCAAACCGAUUUGACGCAGCUAAAUUAGAAUCAAUGAAGGAAAGUUUUGGUUUACUAGUAGUUAAAACAUGCCUAACGGAAGCUUCUUACUGUAACGUAAGCAUUUUUGUUGUAUUUGUUUUCGUAACUCGUAUCACUUUGACAAACUACCAGAAGGCAGAAGAAUUAAACUUAGCUGGAACAACAAAGCUCUUGCCAAAACGAUGGUCCUUUCGCUGGCGUGUCAAACACCCUCCGUAAGAUGGCGACCGUCGCUGCUCUAAAUAAAUGGCUCUAAAAAACAACCGUGUUAAACUUAAAUUAAAAAUACAUACAAAACACACACUUAAACAACCCCGACACUGUAACACACAAACAAGCUACAGAUUCAAACACUACUAAACUCUAACCUAUACCAACCAAGUUGAUAAAUCAGUUCCAAUUAUUAUAGUUAAACUUCUGACAAACGUUAGUGAAUUGUUCGUGCAAAAUCCAAUCCAAAUAAGAAAACAAAAUGGCGGCAUGAAAACCGAAUUCUGGCUCAAAUCCAGGCGUUAACGGCUAACACAUACACACCGAAUGUUUCGAAUGUUUGCAUACUAUUACUUCUUACCGUAUAAGGCCCGUCGUUAGCGAGCACACGCAGUUUGAAUGGGGGAUCCCGUGUUUAAAUCCGACGCAAUAGUACGAAAUAUCGGGCCGCGAACGACGAACGCUGAAUAUUCUUGUAAAAAACAGUAUCCACCCCAGAGUCCCACAGUCACGCGCGCUGUGGCACUCCUCGGCGAGCAGCGUAACAGCACAUCCUUCUGUGCCCGGUGAAGAUGCCUGGCACUUUAUUUAACUACAAUUUUGAUUGCGCAACUGGCAAACGGUGUGAGAGUUGUGGAAAAUUAACGCAAAAAACGGGGGGAAAAAGUAAGCAAAACUAAAAUAAUAAACUGAAAAAACACUAUAAUCUGAAGGUAAUUUAAAAAAAGAAACAAACAAGCAAAACGACAUACAUACACAUUUUAUAAAAGAGAAGUAAAGAAAAAAAAAGCAGAAAACAAGUAGCCGUUAAACUAAAACGAAUACCUUCGAUGUAGAAAGACGGGGGACGGGACGGAACGCUCCCGACAUUGAGUGAAGGAAGCCGAUGAGGUGUGAAGGUGCCAACAGGAGAGGGGAGACAGUCAGCAGGCUGUGUUGUGGCGAGCGGAGUAGGGAGACGGAUGAGGAGGCUGGCUGGUGGGCAACUUUUCAUAGAUUGCAUAGUGAGAGAGCAUAAAUCAAUCAUUGCAUUUUUUGAAAACGUUCAAUAAUGGUUGUAAGCGAGAUUUGUUAGACAGAAAGAAAGAGGCACUCACAAUACAUACACACAAAUACACACACUGACAAAAAUACACAGGAAAAGAAAUAGAAAUCUACGAUGUGAAAAGCAUCACAAGAAGAGAAAGAAAGAAAAUGAACAGGAAAAUUGGAAACAGUGAAACAAUGACAGAAGACAGAUAAAGUAAGAAAAAGUGUUGAAGCGAAACAGGUAAAAGGAUUGGAUGCAACGAUGAUUGAAGCAAAAACUACUAACAAAAUAAAUAAAACACAGCAAACAAUGAAAACACUUACUCACACACACACACACACACACACACACACACACACACACACACACACACACACACACAAACGCCGAAUAAUGAAUAAUGAAUAAAAUAAACAAAAGAAAACAAAACAAACCAAAAAAAAAACAACAAAACCGAACAGCACAACGGUUGAAUUAUGUUCGAAAUAAAAUUAUUCAAAUAAUUUCCAAA